AUGUGUGAGGAUAUUUUCAUUGAUUAUAUUAAAAACUUACAAGAUGGAAAUGGUCCAAAAUUUGGAAUGAUUUUUCAAAUAUUCUCAAUAGCUAUUACAGGUUAUAUUCCUGAAUUUAUUAAAUCAUGUGAUCUAACACUUGUACUGAUAGUAGCAGUUCCAUUAUCAUAUUUCUUUCAGAGAUUUCAAAUGAAAAUGAACAUUUUAAUAAAAUCAAAGGAUAAUUAUGUUUUAUUUUUUGUUCAUACUCACUUGGAAUUUUGUAUAUACAAGUAUCAGCUUAUAAAAUAUUUACAACAAUUGGUAGAAUACAGAUAUGAUUGUCAAUCUACAGUUGGUGAAUGUUUUAAUAGAUGUAAUGUGAAUAUUAAAUUUAAAGAUGUUCAAUUUUUAGGGCAUCAGAAUAUUGGAAAUCAACUAGUAUUCAAUUAA